AUGAAGAUCCAUUCACUCUUUUGGUUUGCUGUAGGAACUGUUGCUACGUCGAAGUCGAUCACUGAAGCCUCAUACCCUUAUGGAAACCUCCCCACUGAUCCCCUUCCUGCGUGGAUAAAAUGCAAGUCUGGUUCUGAUAAGGCACCAUGGUCUGGUGUUUCUCCUGCAGGAGAAGCCCCUGACACUGGUGUGACUCGAUACUAUGAUUUCACUAUCUCUCGAGCCUAUAAUGCGCCAGAUGGUUAUAAUAAGAGCGCGAUUCUGAUCAAUGGCCAGUUUCCCGGUCCCAUGAUUGAGGCCAACUGGGGUGACAUGAUCUCUGUGACGGUGAACAAUCAGAUCUUAACUGAGGAAGAAGGUCUGACUCUCCACUGGCAUGGAUUGCGUCAAGAAGGAACGCCAUGGGAAGAUGGAGUCCCUGGUAUUACUCAAUGUCCCAUUAUUCCCGGGGGCAAGUUCACCUAUAAGUUUAAGGCCGAUCAGUAUGGUACUAGCUGGUAUCACUCUCACUACAGCGCGCAGUACACUGAUGGUGCCUAUGGGCCUAUGGUAAUCUAUGGUCCUGUUCAGUCUGGUGCUUCCUAUGACCUUGAUGUUGGUCCCGUGAUGAUCUCGGAUUAUGCUCACCAGUCCUAUUAUGAGAUUCUGGAGAUGAUUCUCUCUAUUCCUCCAUCAUUCCCCAAUGUUGACAAUAAUCUCAUUAACGGACAUGGUGCAAACAACUGUAACACUACCGACUGUGGAUCUGGCGCUGGCCUGGCUCAGUUUAACUUCACUUCUGGGAAGACUCAUCGUCUCCGACUGAUGAACGUUGGCUCCAAUGCAAACCAGAAGUUCAGCAUCGACGGCCAUGAGAUGACCGUCAUUGCUAAUGACUUUGUCCCACUCGAACCUUACACCACGGAUGUCAUAACUCUUGGGGUCGGUCAGCGCACUGACGUGUUAGUGAAAGCCACCGGCAGUGCCAAGAGCUCGUACUGGAUGCGCGCAUCGAUUGACAUAGCCUGUCUCAAUGCUACUGCCACGUACGAGACUGUUAAAGCGGCAAUCUACUACGAAGAUGCUGACACCAGCGCCUGGCCAAACUCCACCUCCACUGCCACCUGGGAGAGCAACAAUUGUCGGAAUGACCCGCUUGACACAACUGUUCCUUACUAUGCCCAAAAACCGCCUAGUACAGUUGCAACGACCCAGACCGUGGAAAUUGACCUUGGCGUUAAUGCUACAGGGCACUAUCUCUUCUUCGUGAAUAACUCCACAUUCCGCUCAAACUACAAUGCCCCCGUGCUCCUGCUCGGCCGCAACGGCAAUUUCUCGAUCGAUAACCCCGACCUCAACCUCUACAAUUUUGGCUCAAGUACUUCGAUUCGAUUUAUCGUUAAUAAUGUAUAUGCGAUGCAGCAUCCUAUACAUCUUCACGGACACAAUUUUUGGGUUUUGGCCGACGGGCGUGGAACUUGGGACGGUACCGUGACGAAUCCUUCUAACCCCCAACGACGGGACACACAGAUUUUGCAGCCUGGUUCAACUGAUGAUCCCGCAUACAUUGUGUUGGAAUGGCGAGCGGACAAUCCGGGUGUGUGGCCCUUGCAUUGCCACAUGUCCUACCACGUUAGCGCGGGAUUGGUACUAAAUGUUAUCGAACGACCGGACAAGAUCAAGGAUCUUGACAUCCCUGCUAGCAUGGCCCAGACCUGUCGUGACUGGUCUGUGUGGAGUGGAAACGAGUAUGUGGAUGAGAUCGAUUCUGGGGUUUGA